AUGGCGCCCCUACCCGAGGUGCGAGUUACGGGACUAGUUCAUCCCUUCACGCACACUGGAGUGGACUAUUUCGGACCGAUACAGGUUAAGGAAGGAUACAGUUUGGUGAAGAGGUGGGUGGCGCUUUUCACGUGCCUCACGGUUCGCGCCAUACAUGUAGAGUUGGUGCAUAGUCUAUCAACUCAGUCCUGCAUCAUGGCGAUUAGGCGAUUCGUGGCCCGUCGAGAUUCCCCGGAGUCCUUCCACAGUGACAACGGAACAAAUUUUCUGGGGGCCAGCAACUUGUUGACCAAGGAGAUCCAGGAUAUCCAUGAAGACUGCGCGGCGACGUUCACCAAUUGGGCGACCAGCUGGGAGUUCAACCCAGCAUCGGCGCCCCAUAUGCGCUCAAUGAAGGUCGCGAUGUCAGAAAUUGCAGGUUAUCCUCAUCACCCAAGCGACGAAGUACUACAGACGGUAGCCACAGAAGCGGAGCCGAUUGUAGAUUCCAGGCCGCUCACCUACAUUUCACUGGAGUCUACGGAGCAAGAGUCUCUAACGCCGAAUCAUUUCUUGCUGUUCGCGGAACCGGAAGCUCUCGACGAGGGCGAUCUAAAGGAGGAGAAUUUACUCCGAAAUCAUGCCGAGAUCCAUCGAAUCAAAGAGGCGAUCGACGUGCUGGAGACGCUUUGUGGGAUGCAGAAUGAGUGCCUGUCGCAUUACGUGGAUACGUUCCAGUCGUGGUGCGAUAAGCACGUAGCGCUGGUGGGUAAGGUGAAAUAA